AUGGCCCAGAAUCCUAUCUCUCCAUCUCGAAGCUAUGAGCUCGCUUUACAGAAUUUCAGGUUGCAGGCUGGGCUGACGGUCCAAGAGUUGGCUGAUCUGGAGAUGACCACGCUUGAAGAUUUGCAGAAGGCUCUCGCAACUAUGCAAAUAAAGCAGCAAAAUACGAAAAAGCUAAUGUAUCUCAAGCGCUUACAGCCAUUCUUAGAUGCAUUGGAACAGUACAGUAAAGUGAUCAACAUAUUUGUAAACACUUCAAAUUUUGUCGCCUUUGUCUGGGUCACCUCCUCCAGCAUGAAUAAAGUUACAAUUCUUACCGUCAGCCAUCGUUCAAAGACUGCGAGUAACGUGUCAGACGCUUUCAAUGCUCUCCUGGACGGGUAUCGGACUAUUGGCGAGCAGAUGCCUUUGCUAUUACAGUACUCCGACCUUUUCAAAUCGAACCCAUAUAUGCAGAAGGCUCUAGCUUCGAUAUUCGAGGACGUCCUCGAGUUCCACCUUCUGGCGGUUCAGCUAUUCAAGCAGAGAUCCUGGCGGCAAUUGUUCCAUGCUACUAAACAAAGUUUGACAAGGAAGGUUAAGGAUGUGGCAGAAUCGAUGGAACGCCAUACAGCCAUCAUGCAAACACAAGCCUCCCUUGCAGAAUAUCAGAGAUUUGAAGCGUUUCGCACAAACAUGAAAGCGGAAAUUAUGAAAUUGCAACAGCAUGAGCACGAACUACGCUACGGAAGAGUCCAAGAAUGGCUAUCCUCUCCAGUUGACAGCAGGGCAAGGCAGGAUCAUGCUAUCGAACAAAGAUUUGGUAACAGUGGUCAGUGGUUGCUGGACGACCAGCAAUUUAGGAAUUGGUUCGCACCAGAUCACUGUACGGAUCCCCUUCUCUGGUUGCACGGUAUACCGGGUGCAGGAAAGACUAUCCUUGCUUCUAUUAUUGUUGAAGAGUCCUCUAAGGUCCCUGAUGCGGUUAGUUUGUGCUUCUACUGUAAGCAGUCCGACCAACAGACGAGCCGUUUCUUGGCGGUCGCGAAAGCCCUGCUCUCCCAACUCCUAUUGAUGAAUAGCUAUGUUCUGGAUUAUCUGUUUGAAAAGGCUGCCAACGGAGGCGAAAAUAUUCUCUCUAGUACAGCGGUUGCCAAAGAAUAUCUUGGAAAUGCACUCCGGAGCUGCCCUAAAGUCUACAUCGUACUUGAUGGGCUUGAUGAAUACUCGCGAGAUGACAGAAAGGAGUUGGCGACGUGGUUUAGGGACCUGAUUAAUUCUCUUCCUGACGCUGACUUGGGAUCUAUCCGUUGUCUCUUCGUUAGUCAAGAGGACGGGUUCGCACGGAAAGAUCUAUCGACGUUAUCCCAAAUCAGGAUAACACCUUCUGCAAACCGGGCCAACAUCGAGAGCUACUGCAGAUAUUGGCACGGGGAGAUUGAGAACAAACUUGGACCGCUUAUUAAACCACAGCAUCAUGUUGCCAAUAUAGUGACUGCAAGAGCUCAAGGGAUGUUUCUGUUUGCAAAGCUGGUGACCUGGAACCUUUACGAGCAAACGAGCCGUGCCGACUUUGAAAAAGAGAUGCAACCUGACCGAGUGCCAGCAGGAUUAGACGAAGCAUAUGACCGGAUAAUUGAAAGAUUAACCGGCCCGACCGUGUCGCCGUCCCGACGCAGAUCACUUUUGAAACUCUUGGGCUGGCUUACCUGUGCACGGCGACCACUCAAGUGGUUCGAGAUACAGUGUGCCGUGAGUGUGAAUUUGGAGAAAGGGCUUUUGUCUCCAGAGCAGCAAUUUCUAGAAGACUGCAAAGACCUCUGUGCUUCUCUUGUCGAGAUUGACUCUACACAAGCGGUGACACUGGUUCACUCCACAACGAGAGGCUAUUUGAUCCGAAAAGAACACGUUCGAGAAUCUGAGGUGGAAGUCGAAAUUGCCACUAGAUGCGUCGCAUAUCUUGGUAUGGAAGAAUUCGAGUGCAACAGGCCUGAGGAACAUAUACGUAGAGCUCUGUUCCUGGGGCUUUACAGUUUUGCAGACUAUGCGGCAUGUUUUUGGGCAAUGCAUCUCGAAUCUGCCAUCUCGAAAUUCACCGACAAAGCCAGCUGUCUGUCAGGUGACAUGGUAGAGAGUCUGGAAUCAUUUCUCAACAACCACUGGCGUAAGGGGUCUAACAUAGAGACGGUAUCCAAGACGCUUCGCGAGCACCUACAAGCGCUUGAGUCACACGACCGAUUCAAUUCCAUAUGUGAGGCUGUCGCAUGGGCAAAAGGUCAGCUACGCUCAACGCCCAAGCGACCAUCAGACACUGGUCGACUUCAUCUCCUUUCUACCAUGUCGCAGAUCCGCUUCAUUCUCGAAAAUGCGAGCGAGUCACUGUCCACACUAGAAGAGCAGAGAAAAUUGCUUAUGCUACACUACGGUGCAAAUCACUUUAAAUGUGAUCGAAUGUACUGUCAGGCUUUCCACGAAGGCUUUCAAAGGCGUGAAGAGAGGGAUCAGCACGUAUCAAAACAUGAACGUUCCUUCACAUGUGCCUUUUUCGGAUGUCCGUACGAAAUCAUUGGCUUCGUGGCCAAAAAGGAGCUACAGAUGCAUAUACUCGACCAGCACGGUAUCACAACGGACGACGAUCAGGUGGACUUCCCUGGUACAGGACAAGAUGAUACGACGCGACAAACUACACGUUUUCAAUGCACCAUUUGUACCAAGAGCUAUACUCGGGCUCAUAAUCUACGUUCUCAUCUUCGAACCCACACAGAUGAAAGACCAUUUCGCUGUACCAUAUGUCCUGAAGCCUUUACCAGACAGGAUUUUCUCACACGACAUGAAAGAGGCCACAAAGAGGGAAAGAACCUCAUAUGUGGAGGACGCUCUCAAUCAGCACCAGACACGUUCUGGGGAUGUAAGCGGCGCUUUGGAGAGCUCGGACAACUAGUCUGGCAUCUGAUGCCAUACCGAAAAGGAAUUGAACAGACGUGCAUUAUGCAAUUCCGUGCGAUGGUACUCAGCAAGGCAGCGCAGCAGGCGAGCGAUCCACAGGAGGUUGUUCUCAGGCAGAUUGACUCACAGACCAAUGCUUUGCCGAGUCAUCCCUCCGCGCAGAGUAGCAACUUCUUGUUGCGUGCUGCCCUCUUAGACCGGUAUCCAAUGCUCCAGGAUAGCGACUUAACAGACAUACUGGGGCAAGAGGAUGUCCAAACGAGUGGCGAUGAGGAAAAUGAGGGUCAUGGCGACAACGACGACGACGACGAGACCUUAACCUUUUAG